UGAAAAUCCUUGAGCGAGUCGUAUGGCGUAGGCUAUUUUCUGUUGUUUUAUUUCACUUUGGUUUGAAACUGUUGUACUAGAAUUGUCUUGAGUCUGACAUUGUCGAUUAAUGCCAUGGAUGUAUUGCCAAGCAGGAGGUAUGACCCGAACGAGCUUGUGGUAUGCCCCUAUGACGAGGUGCAUCGAGUUAGGAUUAGCAGGUUACCUUAUCACUUGCUAAAAUGUGCGAAGCAACAUCCGAGCGAGGGCCUGUUUGAAAUAUGCCCAUACAAUGCUAGACACGUCAUCCCACGAGCAGACUUGCUUGCACACUUCUCCCAAUGCCCAGACAAGCCCAUGCUGGAGGACUUCAGGGAGGUGAGGCGCGGUAAGAUCGCCUUGCCCAACAAUGCUGACUGGAAGGCACCGGAUCCCAACGAAUCUUGGGACAAUGAACUUGAUAAUGCUUUUGCCGGAGAGGAAGAGCCACUAGAAGGGUACGAUGAGGACAUGGAUUCACACAAUAAUGGCCUGGAUGGGCAAACACCGGUUGACAUGACUGGACACCUAUCAAGCUCUAGAAGUAGAGGUUACGUGUGUCCAGCAGCAGUACCUGCUAGCAGUCGACCUCCUAUGUUCAAUCCGCACGGCCCGUCCGCACUUCACAAUGGUCUGCAGCCACCACCCGGCGGCCUGCAGACCCGGGCAGCUACCAGCAGCAGCAGCGUGAGUGCUGCGGGUGCGAGUGCUGCGGACGCGAGGGCGGCUUCGACAGUGCAGCCGACCGGUCUUGGUGAGCUGAGCGCCGGCAAGAACGCUGGCCUGUCGCUGCUGGGCAAGACGGCCCUGGACAUUGCUGCUCGCGAGGGUGCUCAGGAACGGCCACUGGACAUCGCUGCCUGGUGUAGCCAGCAGGCCAACAUUGCAAAGUCUCACAUUAGUGGAGACGAUGACGAGGCACAGUGCUCCGAAGAGGUCGCUAGACGCCCAGGCAUCGCACCGAAGGAUGUCGAGAGCGGCGGAUAUCUUCGAGUUAGUAGAGGCCGUGGAGCUCUGCUCAAACAGCAUCUACCACUGCGCCGGCCGGGCACAGGUACUUCAACCUCGAGUACUUCAUCUGAACAUUACUCUGGUCAGACACACUUAGAUGAUGCCAGGUCCUCUCAUCUGUCAAAUAGCUAUCCAACCAGUCGGGCAGCCGACGGCACGAGAGCUGCGCAUGAGCCGAGUCGGUGCGGCGGCCAAUCCAGCUACGGCCACCGCUCUGGCUCGUCAAGCGCUGAGGUGUAUGAGCACUACACAGCUCGGGCAGACACGUCCCCACCACCGGCGAUGGGGCCAUGCCCGACAAGGCAAAGCACUGCUGGUUUGGCUGCCAUGUCUCUCAAUACGUCGCCUAGUAGUGGCCAGGAUGCAUUUGAUUAUGACCUCAGAGGCAACCCACCGAGAUCAGCCGCGGCUAAUCAUUCAGACAGCCGCCACCAUUCACAGUAUGCACAUCCUUCUCAACAGUCCAACGCCACAAGUCUAGUACCAGGAAGUCGGACAGGGAAUACUUCGCCUGCCCUUGCCCUGCGGCUUAUGGGGCAGCGGUCGCAUUCUGCUGCCAACUCAGAGACCCGAGUGCAUAACAUUGACAAACUGCUCAAAGUGAUCAGUGAUCUGAGGAUCAAGCAAUCCCAAGGUGUUCGCUUAACAAGUGACCAGGUUGCGCUGCUUGAGCGGAAAGCUGCUCUCGAGGAGGAGAGAGACUCUGUCGUGUGGUGAGUCGGCUCUCACCGACUCUAGCACUUCUUCUUGCUCCUACUUCGCUGGCCUUUCUUUUGAAUGGAGAGUCAUUAGUAUACAAUCAUCUCUUUACAGUCCGGUAGUGUACUGAGUGAGUUCACCUUUCUUCAAACCUGUGUCUAUAUUCUGUUCACCUCUGCGCAGUUUUAUUGAGAGAAACAUCUCCGGUGUAGCAAGUGCUCCAUGAUAACUUCUACAAAAUAUUCUUCCCAUCUGCGUUCAGUAUUUAUGAUCAUACUUUUACUAAGUACCAGUUGUUGGGUUUUUAUUUGUCACGUCGGUGUUAGUCCCGAAGUGUGCGCUUCAUGUUUUUUUAAUUUUUUUUAUAAUCAGCGAGUCUUUGGCGCAAUCCUUAUGAUGUUACAACCUUGUUUUGUGCAUCUAUGGUUUUAAUUGUGAUGUUACAACCUUGUUUUGUGCAUCUAUGGUUUUAAAAUGCAUUGUCGACGUUGCCUAUGGUGUGGUCAUUGCGGCGCAUUUUUUUGAAGUGCUUUUACUGUGAAGUGUCUCCCUGAAAUAUCGUGUAUUCCAAGUGUUAUUUUCUGCUCUGCUUCAGUCUGCUGUGCUGAUCUUAACCAGGCUGCCAGUGCGGCACACUCUUCUUCUUUUUUUUAAAAGAUUGUCUAGUCACAGCCCACCUGUCUAGUGUGUGCUGAUUUGCUUA